GCUCGUUCUGAGCUUUGAAUGUCAUUAGUUCAGUAUCAGCUGUUAACAAAGCACAAACACACUACAACAAAAUGAAAUUCCUUAUCUGCUUGGCCCUCCUCUUCGCCGUCGCCCAGGCUAACCCCGGUAUCGUGGCACCUUUGACUUACUCGGCUGUGCCCUCAGUGGCCACCUAUGCUGCAUCCCCAUAUGCCUACAGCGCUUAUGCCGCACCUGCCGUUGCCAGCUACUCACACGCCGCUUACUCUGCCCCUGCUGUGGCCACUUACUCGCAUGUUGCUGCUCCAGUUGUGUACGGCGCUCCAGUUGCCCGUGUUGCCGCGGUCGCCCCCGUUGCUUACGCUGCUCCAGUCGUCUCGACUCUGUUGAAGAAAACAGCAUUAACCAUAAACUCACACAAAAUGAAAUUCCUCAUCUGCUUGGCUCUCCUCUUCGCCGUCGCUCAGGCCAAUCCCGGUUUGGUGGCUCCUUUGACAUACUCCGCCGCUGCUGUGCCCGCCUAUACCACCUAUGCCGCCGCUCCCUAUGCGGCUGCUCCUUAUGCCGCUUACUCCACCUAUGCUGCUCCUGCCGUCACCACCUACUCACACGCCGCUUACUCCGCCCCAGCAGUGGCCACUUACUCUCAUGUUGCUGCUCCUGCUGUCUACAGCGCUCCAGUUGCUCCAGUUGCUCCAGUCACUUACUCCGCUCCUUUGGUGUCCACUUUGUUGAAGAAGAAGUAAACAGUUGAUGAAUGUGCAUUGUAAAGGCUAUUGUUGCAAUAAAUUAUAAAGUGAAAAGAAAAUCAUA